CACAAUCCCAUUCGCCAAAAAAAGAAACGGAGUGUUCAUUUCCAUAUUACCUUUUCCAGCAUACUCCGCCCGUCUCAUCCAUCCGCAUGGCGAGGCUGAUGCUGAUGCGAGCGUAUAGUUAGCAUCUUCUCAUUCAUUCCCUCUGGCUCCACACGUCCAUGUGCGGCUCUGAUCAUUCUCCUAAUACGCCUCGUCCUUUCUCUUUCCCCAAGUGUAUUAUAUAGACUCCGCUUUUUUAUAGAAAGCCUAUUUUUUUCAGCACUCUCAUUUUUCUCUAAAAUUCUGGAAGCAGGCUUUUUGUUUAUUUUUUCUAGUGUUUGGAAUUAUGUGAAUAGGCUGCAGCUGGUGUCACCAAAACAUCUCGAAGAUCUUUCGUCGCUCACUUUUUUAUUCGAAUUCGUCUCGUCUUCGUAAGACGCGCUUGUGUCUCGCCGCGAGAUACAGUUUCUUAAAUCAGCCUUGCUUCGAGUCUACAACUUGAUUUGGAUUGUGCGUGUUUUUGUUAGUUGUUUUUAUUGUCUGCACUGUCAAAUCCAGAACGGCACCGCUGUAGAGCUCGCUCGCAUCACCGCUGCUCCAUGGAGACAUGAGCUUCGCGCACCGAGCUCAUUCACUGUGAAUUAAACCGAACUACAGAAUAGCGAGUCAACAGCGAGUGUUGGAGUCCAGCGGAAUCCACACACCGUCUUUGUGCAAAGUUGCUUGUCAAAUUUCUCUCAGCCUAUACAGGAGCUACCCAACACAAUGAACCUCUGUUAACGCACGUCUGUCUGUCAGAGCAGAGGUUUAUUGUUCGUCAUCUCUGCGACUGGACACAGUUACCGCUACACUGCCACCAUGCUUCCUUUGCGCCUUCCAUCGACCCCUUUCUCCUUAACUCCUUGCCUUUCCUCUCUCCUCCUCCUGAUCUUCCUUUUGGGCCUCGCCCAUCUCUCUCAGGCCAGUGGCGACGCAUCCCACAGCAGCCCGGGGAACUGUUCAGGGGAGGACAGCUGCUCUGAAGGUGUUGUCCUGCCAGUAUGGAACCCCCAGAACCCCUCUGUGGGCGACAAGGUGGCACGUGCCAUUGUCUACUUUGUGGCCCUCAUCUACAUGUUCCUUGGCAUGUCUAUCAUCGCUGACCGGUUCAUGUCAUCCAUCGAGGUGAUUACGUCUCAAGAGAAGGAGAUAACGAUUAAGAAACCCAACGGCGAGACCACCACAGCGACCGUACGCAUCUGGAACGAGACCGUGUCCAACUUGACCCUCAUGGCCUUGGGAUCAUCGGCCCCUGAGAUCCUGUUAUCCGUUAUUGAGGUCUGCGGGCACAAGUUUGAAGCUGGUCACCUGGGCCCGAGUACAAUUGUGGGUAGCGCUGCCUUCAACAUGUUCAUUAUCAUUGCCAUCUGUGUUUACGUGGUCCCAGAUGGUGAGGUACGCAAAAUCAAGCACUUGAGGGUCUUCUUUGUGACAGCAGCCUGGAGCAUAUUCGCCUACAUUUGGCUCUACUUGAUUCUCUCUGUCUUCUCUCCUGGUGUUGUGGAAGUUUGGGAGGCCGUGCUUACUUUCCUCUUCUUUCCACUGUGUGUGGUUCAGGCCUGGAUUGCCGACCGUCGCUUGCUCUUUUACAAAUACGUCCACAAACGCUACCGUGCUGACAAGAACCGCGGAAUCAUCAUUGAGACGGAGGGUGACGGCAUGUUCACCAAGAUGGAUAUGGAGAUGGAUGGCCAAGGCGCCAAUUCCCACCAUAAGGAGGCUCUUGAUGGGAUGCUGGCUGGGGUGGAGGAAGGAGGUGGUGGAGGAGGUGGAGGGGAAGAAGAGGAGGCCAGGAGGGAGAUGGCUCGUACGCUGAAGGAACUCAAGCAAAGACACCCAGAGAAGGACAUGGAGCAGCUGAUCGAGAUGGCUAACUAUCAAGUUCUGGUGCAGCAGCAGAAGAGUCGAGCUUUUUAUCGCAUCCAGGCCACUCGAAUGAUGAUCGGAGCAGGGAACAUCCUGAAGAAGCAUGCUGCAGAUCAGGCCAGGAAGGUGGUGAGCUGUCAUGAAGCUAAUGCCCAAGAGGAAGACCCUCACACCAUCUACUUGGAGUUUGAGCCCUCGCAUUAUCAAUGCUUUGAGAACUGCGGCUCCUUAAAACUCUCCGUGACCCGACAUGGUGGAGACAGCGGCUGCACUGUCAAGGUUGACUAUCGCACAGAGGAUGGCACUGCUAACGCCGGAUCAGACUAUGAAUUUGCCGAGGGCACUCUGGUCUUUAAACCGGGCGAGACUGUGAAGGAGCUGACAGUCGGCGUGAUUGACGAUGACAUAUUCGAGGAAGAUGAGCAUUUCUACGUGCAUCUCAGCAACCCUCGUGUUGUGCACCGCGCCGAGGUCUCCGUCCUCGACCCUAAUGCGGUGUCUCCAGGCAACAGCAUUAUAGGGUCCAGCCACGUUCCUCCUAAAGCUGCCCUGGGUAACGCGCACACUGCCACGGUGACCAUUUAUGACGACGACCAUGCGGGGAUCUUCACGUUUGAGAGCAAUUCCACACGAGUGAGCGAAAGCGUGGGCAUCAUGCAGGUGAAGGUCCACAGAACGUCUGGAGCGAGGGGGAAGGUGGCAGUACCGUACCACACUACCGAGGGAACCGCCAAAGCUGGAGAAGACUAUGAAGAAGUGGCUGGCAAACUGGAGUUCCUCAAUGAUGAGACCAUGAAAAUCCUGGAGGUGAAGAUCAUUGACGACGAGGAGUACGAGAAGAACAAAACCUUCACCAUCCACCUGGGGGAGCCGGUGCUGCUGGAGAUCGGGCAGAAACACGGAGACUCCAAUGAUAACAAACCAGCGGUGGGGGCUGAGGAAGAGGAGGUGGCCAAGAUGGGGUGCCCGAGUCUGGGAGAGCACACCAAACUGGAGGUGGUGAUAGAGGAAUCAUACGAGUUUAAAAAUACCGUCGACAAGCUAAUAAAGAAGACUAACCUGGCGCUGGUGGUGGGCAGCAGUAGCUGGAGAGAACAGUUUGUCAGCGCUGUCACUGUCAGUGCAGGUGAUGACGAUGAGGAGGAGAGCGGGGAAGAGCGCCUGCCCUCAUGCUUUGAUUACAUCAUGCACUUCCUGACAGUUUUCUGGAAGGUUCUGUUUGCCUUCGUUCCACCUACGGAGUACUGGAAUGGCUGGGCCUGCUUCAUCGUCUCCAUCACGCUUAUCGGGGUCCUGACUGCUGUUACUGGAGAUUUGGCUUCACACUUUGGUUGUACAGUAGGCCUGAAAGACACUGUCACAGCUGUGGUGUUUGUGGCCUUGGGCACAUCUGUGCCUGAUACCUUUGCCAGCAAGGUGGCAGCCAUCCAGGACCAAUACGCCGAUGCAUCCAUUGGAAAUGUGACAGGUAGUAAUGCAGUUAACGUCUUCCUGGGUAUCGGUGUGGCGUGGACCAUCGCUUCCGUGUACUGGCACAGUCAAGGCAAAAAAUUCCUGGUCCCACCGGGGUCGCUGGCGUUUUCCGUCACCCUCUUCACCAUCCUGGCACUGCUGUGUGUUCUGACACUACUGUACCGCCGCCGGCCCUCUGUGUCCGGGGGCGAGCUGGGGGGCCCGCGAACCGCCAAGCUGCUCACCGCGUUCCUCUUCCUCAUUCUGUGGCUCAUCUACAUCCUGCUGGCCUCGCUGGAGGCUUACUGCCACGUGCCUGGCUUCUGAGAAAGUUCAUAAGAGAGAUGCACUCUUUGCUGUAAAACCUCCCAUCAUUCUUCCUCUCUGCUUUUGUGUAUACAAGAAGUCUAAAAUGAGUGUUUACAUCUGUUCUUACUGAUUAUUAUCGUUGUUGAAAUUAAACUCGCAUCCUUUCGCUAGACACACGUCUAGAUGAGUGUCAGUGGAGGAUGAUAGAGGCUCUGUGGUUUCAUGCACAGCUUCUCUUUAUAGAUGGAUCUCUCUUACAUGGUGUCUGCCACCACCUGGAUAUUCAGACACAGCAACACUCUCCAACAUACUCUCCAGAGAGCCCCUCAGCGUUUUUCUUGCUUCAGUGCUGUUUUUUUCCCAAGGAUGGUCCUUUACGCCUCACUUCGAUAUUCUCUCAGAAUCCCUCUUCUAUCAUUCUCUUUUCCCUCCAAGUUGCUGUCAAUAGACUCAUUCCCUCUGCACAGAUUUGGGCAUGCUUCACACCUCUACCUACCCUCAAGACAUGAACACUCUGUUUCAUCUGUCUUUUCUUGCCUGUUACUGCAGCUCCCCGCAGAUAUUCGUACCACACUGGCGUUGUUCAUUUUUUUACAACUAUAAUUUCAGCUCAAGUGAUCCAUUGAGGGCAUAGCUUGACUCCGCCCCCAAUAUGACCUUAACCAGUAACCCUGGCCAAAUUCUACUCAAACAUUUUCAUCAUCUCUGAACAUGCCCCCAGUGCUACCUACACCAGACCUUCUUCAACUCUUACUUCACCUUCAAUGAUACAACCACUUCCCUGCUGUUAACCUCACCUCAGUGUCAUCACAGACCCCACCCUCUCUCUCUCUCUCUGCGCUAGGAGUGUUCAACUUAAUGGGGUGCUGCGCAGACCGUUCAGUGGCUGACUUGAUGCAGUACAUGCCAGUUAGAAAUUUUGUCUGAUUUGAGAUAGUUGAUGCCACAUGACUGUGAUGUAUGGCAUCAAAAUCACUAACAAUUAUUUUGGUAAUCGAGUAAACGGUUGAUUAUUGUGACGAUUAAUCGAGUAAUCAGAUAAUUAUAAAUGUGUUUUAUUUUUAGGUAAUAAAAAUAGACCUAAGCUAACAAUAACCUUUAAAAAGUCUUAAAACACUUAUAUAAUUGCAAUAAGGCAAUAAUAAUUGGUUCAAAUAAAGUAUCAAAAGCAAGUAAUCAUAUGGUUUUAUUGAAGAAAACUGAGAAAAUACAUAAUAUAUUAUAAACAGUAGAACUAAUGUACAUUAUGUAUUAUAUCAAAUGCCUACAGAGGGCGGCAACGUCUUGACAACUGUUUUUACACUUUACUGUGUGAUCUAAUAAACAACAUUUAAUUCAUAUGUCCACUUAAUCUUUAAUAUUUGGCCAUUUCUUUACAACAGAAAUUCUACAGCCACUGUAAUUUCUGAAUAUGUGGACAUCAAAACCUGUAAACUCAGACAGAGGGGUUGAGCUUUUAUUUUGAAAUGGCGAUGAACAGUUCGCAAAUUGAAAAAGAUAUUGAUGUACUCUUGUGUUUGCAUAGGUUUAUAAAUGAUUUACCUUACAUAUCUGAUGAAAUGGUGAAUGUUGCGUUCCCAGACAACUUUAUAAUACACUUCACACAUGUAAAUGAUAACUGUUUGUGUGAAGCAGCAUUUACUGUGAACGAAGCCAAUCUGACACACACGUACGUAACCUACACGUAUAUAAGUAAAUUAAAGCGCAUAUAUUAAACCUGUAUCGCAUUUAUUUAUUUAACUGAAUUGCAGAGUUCGUGAAUUCACAAUAGCAUUAUGCUUUAUUAUGAUUUUUAAAUGGGUUUAAUAUAUCAUCCAGCCUUGGAAAACAGUCUAAUAAUGGAAUCCAUGGAAUGCGCCACUUCCAGUACUUUGCCGGUUACAUGGCGCUGGCAAAUUCCAAAGUACUCAAAUCGAAUCGAGGAAUCGUGACCACCCUACAUCAACCGCGAGAGCGAUGUGAGAGCAGUUGUUUCAUUUUUAAUAGUAAAAGCUCAAAAAAGUGUCCGACUUCAAGUCUUCUCUUUCAGUUCCGCCACCCGACUGCAACUCUCGCUGAUCAGUCUGCGCAGACUGCACACCCUCUUUACUCCUGACUCUACCCCAUUAUUACCAUACUUUAUUUACAUAUGACUCCAAUUCCAACACAGCAAACCCAUAACACACCCUGUGCCACACCUCCUCAAUCUCUGACCCCUAUAGCACACAUUUUCACCUCUGCUCCCACACCAUCACUGUCUUCAUCAAUUCUGACUCUGCCCACAACUUUACAUAUGCCACACCUCCUUCAUUUGUGGCUCUGCCCCAAUAUUAUCAAUACCACACCUUUAUUUAACCCCGCCCAUAACACCUGUCACACUCCUCUCCAUCUUUGACCCCUACACCACACCCUCUUUAAUUCUGACUCCGUCCACAACUCAACAUACGCCAUACCUUCUUCAUUUGUAGCCCUGGCCCAAUAUUAUCUAUACCAAACCUUCUUUAUAUAUGACCCAGCCCACGACACAUUCUAUGCCGCCACUCCUCCAUCUCAAACCCCGGCCCUAUCUUAUCUAUAGUACAUAUUCUCACCUCUGAUCCCACUACCUACUCCAAACCCUCUACAAUUCUGACUCGGCCUAAAACUCUACAUAUGCCACACCCCCUUCAUCUGUAGCCCUGCCCACACCUUCUUUAUAUAUGACCCCGCCCUCAACAUACCACACCCUCUUCAUAUCUACUAUUUGCUGGUGUUGUAACUCUUUUAAAAAUGCUCUUGUGUUUUUUUUAAUUAUUUAUUUAUUUAUUUAUUUUUACCAUGCUACUGAAAGCUAAUGAAGUCAACAGAAGGAAUGCAAGAAGGAAAGAAAGAUCUUUUUUGGUUAUUUUUGUUGAAAAUGAACAAAACCUAAAAAGAUACACAACUUGCAUGGAACAAAAUUAGCGAUAGAAGUUGAAUGGAGACCAAAAGAAAUAGCUUAAUGGUGACAGUGACAUAAGAAUCGAGGUGUUGGUGUUUAUUCAUGUGAUAUUUAUUGAUAUUUAUUAUUAUGAACUAUGUAUUAUGUGGGGAAAUAUUGUAGGCUGUAUGUGUGAGAGAGCAUGUUUUUGAAUGGGCAAGUGCAACAGAUUUGAGUGUUGUGGAUGCCAAAUCUGUCGAACAGUGUUCAGAGUCUUUGUAUCUGACUAUGAGUGUCUGUAUGAACGUGUGCUAAACUCAAGCACAGUGAAUUUUGUCUGUCACUGCCAUGCUCAGGAGUUUCAGGCUCCCAUCCUAUAAGCUUCUGGAUCCUCUCCCAAUAUCCGUGAUUUUACAAAUGCAGCAGCUUAUAUUCGUUGGUCCUAAAACAUGCAAGGUGGACUGUCCUGUCAUACCGAGCUAUGUUCUACAGCUUCACUGUGUCAAGCUUUUAGCUCUAUUCACUACUGAAGGCAUUGCAUUAUUGAGUCAUGUGGUUGUGUGUGAACACAACAUGGGUGCCUUGAUAUCAACAGUACAAUGUCUCUAGGUCAUACAGUAGGUCUGUCAUUGAGUUUACACAUUUACAAGAUGGUAAAAAUUGUGAGUUUUGUUCACACGCAACAUGGAUAUUUUACCUUCUCGUUUUCGCCACAUUAAUCCAGAGUGUAUCUAAUUAUCGAAGCGCUUACCUCUCCUGAUAGCAUUGGUGCAACCUAAUUUGCAUUUAUGUGUGUACUUAAUGUAUAAUGGAUUGGAUUCAAGCUCAGUUUCAGUUUGCCCUCUUUCAUCAUUGCCCUCCAUCUGCUCCUUAACCAAUAAGACUUGGUUCAUUUCCAGUUAGCCAGGAGUUAGACGUGCUUAGUUAGCUCAACUCUCUAUCCCAUACUCUUCUUUGCUAAGUGAUACAUUGAUUACGGGUUUCAGAUUGCAGAUAUUACAUAAUUGUUUACAAGGGUUUAAUGUGUCCCCAUUUUCCCAGCUAUCAGCCAUCUGCUUGGCCCAACCUGGGACACAUGCUAUAGGAAAUGAAAAGUUAUAGCUGUAGGAAAUUCUGGUGUUGCUCACUAUUAGGAGCCCCAGCAGACCAGUGCUUCAAACUUUUUAAUGCACUAAAUAAAAGUCGUUUUAAAGAGCUUGGUAAGAGGGAACGCAUAGUCCCAUUACCUGAUGAUGCCAAUGACCGAAUGGCCUAUCUGUUACGACAACACCAUUGGCUUAAAACAGCCCUCCUUUCUCGUGAAUGAUAAAACAGGUUCAACAAAAGCCACAGUCAGCCAUUUAAUAUUGCAAGUGCUCUGUUCACUUUCUUACACAACGUGUGACGCGAUAGUGGGCGAAACAGAUGUACAUGCGGUCCACGGCAUAUGCGUAUUUAUACAUUCCAAUGAAACCAGAUUAUAAAAAGCACAGAGUGAUGUAUUUUUAGUGCUUCUUGUUGCUAGGCGACGUCUUAAAAGAGUCAUUGUCUUUCUGUCAUUAUGUUGUCUGGUGUCAGUGCUCUAGGGUGGGUGGAGGGGGGAUCCGUUGGAUCGUAAUUACUUUAUAAGGUCACUCUCGUCUCUCUCCUUAUAUAUGGCUGCACAGGGUUAAUGAACUCAAAAGUUCCACCCUAAUUCAAGGACAAUCCUUAAUUAAGAACCUUAAGUUGCCCCUUGGAGGUUUGCAUCAUAUUAAUAUAAGCUUUCGCUUUUGAGGAGAACAGAGCAGUGACUGAUCUCCCUGAGGUAAACAUAUUCAAACAUAGCAGUCAAAAAAUACCAACUACAGAGGAUUAUGGUGGUGAAACUCCUUGUAAUGCUCCGUAGCCAGUGGAUAACCUUAAAGGAAAAAUACUAUAUAAGACCAUAUCGUGCUAGAAAAUCUGCUAUAUGGAAUUAUGUGGAAUGGGAAGGACCAUCUCUUGUGGAUUAAGCCUAAAGCAUUAUGACUGAUUUAUGAUUGAAUAACAGCAGAUGUGCAUAGAAACACACUUAAAGGGAUAGUUCACCCAAAAAUUUACACUCUGUCAUGAUUUACUCACAAUUGUGUCAUUCCAACCUGUUUGAUUUUUUUCUCAGCGAAACAAAAUUACUACAACACUGAGACAUUUUCAAAAUACAUAUUUUUGGUGUUCCAUUAAAGCAUUGUAACGUCAUAAGGGCAAAUGAAAUUAUGCCGUAAUUUUCAUUGUUGGAUGAACUGCGCCUUUAAAUGUGUUUCCACACUUGUUACUGUAAUUUGAUCUCUUAAAGGGAUAGCUCACAAAAAAAAUUAAUUUACUCACCCUCAAGACAUCCUAGGUGUUUAUGACUUUCUUAUUUUAGACGAAUACAGUCAGAGCUCUGUUAAAAAAAAAAAACUGGCUCUUGCUUUAUAAUGGCAGUGAAUGGCUGUUGAGAUUUUGAAGUCCAAUAAAGUGCAUCCAUCCAUCAUAAAAUGACUCCAAACAGCUCCAGGAGGUUAAUAAAGGCCUUCUGAAGUGAAUCAAUGCAUUUGUUUAAGAAAAAUAUCUAUAUUUAAAAUUUAUGAUCUCUAGCUUCCGUUAACUGUGGUAUGCAUGUUCAUGAGAGAGUGGCGUUCAUGUGGAGUAAUUUUUAUGAUGGAUGGAUGCACUUUAUUGGACUUCAGAAUCUCAACACCCAUUCACUUCCAUUAUAAAGCUUAAAUAUUUGUAAUAUAACUCCGAUUGUAUUCGUCUGAAAGAAGAAAGUCAUUACACCUACAGGCUUGGGGGUGAGUAAACCAUGGGGUAAUUUUAAUUUUUUGGUGAACUAUCCCUUUAAAUCAGGCUUGACUUCCCUAAAACACCCUUGCAUUAACAAAAUGACCUUGAAUAUCUAAUAUUCAUAGUCCGUCAUAGCAUGCUCGUUUCAUUUUUGUGCGUCAGAGUGCUUGUGUCGUGCGAGAGUCCCGGUGUCACAUGUGCUCUCUUGUGAUACUUAGAUCUUAAAGCAUGUCUUUUCUAUGUGUGUGCAUUCGUCUUCUAAUAUUGCAUUUCUCUUUAAUCACAAACAUUGAAAUAUUUACAAAAGAAAUGAAUUGUGUUUGGUUUUGUAUGUAUUGCUAUUUGAUAAAUUACUGUUUUAAAAAACUUUGUUUUUUUAAAGCCAAGUGUUCUUUACUUAGUUAUAUGACACUGUUGUCUUGAGAUAUGUUCUGUACUGAAACAAAUUUAUAUUUUGGGUAAAAAAUCAAGUGCUGCAUAGAGUACUUUAUCAUCAUCUUCACAACAACAGUAAUAACAAAAUAAUUUAUGUUCUCAAUGUUGUAUCUAAAAGUACGUGAGGGAGAAAGGGUGUGAUUUUAUGUGAACUCAUAAAAACUGUAAUGUGAAGGAAAACUGCAGUAUUUUGCCAAAAGAUGGAGAAUGAGUCUCUGUUUGUAAUGCGUAAAACUUUGUUUCUUAUUUAAUUUAUUAAUGAGUACAUUAAAGUUGGAAUUGUAUAUUA